AAAUAAUUAAAUAGUAAAACAUAUUUAGUCAUAACUCAGUCCCCUCACAUCUUGACUCUAUAAAUCACCUCUUUCGCUUGAAUGUAACAUGUUUUUCUGUGGCACAGAUACAGUAUCUGAAAGGGUAGCUAGCCUAAUAGCUCCUAGCUAGCUAGCUAGCUUCAGCAGUUGACCUUUCACCUCCCACCCAUCUCACGUGGAAGAAGCCCCGAGAAAAGAAAAAAAGGGGGAAAGUGCACGUUCCGGUCCGUCAGAAGACCCCCGGAACGAAGGCCCGCAGGCCGAAGAGCGCGUCCUCGUGCGCGUGAGGACUGCCCGGGCUGCAAGCGCUGUACGCCGGCGAAGAUGACGAUGAUGACGGCGGCGAGGAUGAGGACGAGGAGGACGACGACGAAGAAGCAGGCAGUUAAACCCUAAGAUCAGGAGCAGAAGAACAACAAAUCUAAGCGCUACAGCCAAGAAAAGAAAAACAGGAAGUAGAGAAGGAGUACGGAAAAAGAAGAAGAAGAAGACAACAGGAAGUAAACAAGAAAGGGAAACAGGCAACAGGAUGUAAACAAGAAGUAGUGAACAACAGGAAGUAAAAAAGAGGUUGGUAAAAGAAGAAGUAAGCGAGAAGAAGUAGUAAAUAAGAAAUAGAACACAAAGAGAACUACAAAAGGAAAGGGAACAAGAGGAAGUGCAUAGCAGGAAGUCUUAUUUUAGACUUUUGCUCCACUCGGUGAGUCAAACAGGACCCUUGGCAACCAGGUGUGUUCAGGCCACGCCCCUCCUCGAAACACCACGCCUGGAUUGUCUGGGUCCCUUAUUUCCACUCUCAAAAAGAAUAAAGAGGCUGUGAUGUCAUCAUCUGACCACAAACAUGAAACCCACGAGGUGCACCAGAAUCCUGCAGCAACCCACCAGAUUCACUCAAAGACCCAUGAGACCUACAAGAGUUCGCCACACACCCUCAUGAGUCUUGCAGAGACCAAUGAGACCGAUCCGAGUCUCUCAAAGACCCACCAGUGUACCACUGAGACCUACCAUAGUCUGACAGCCACCAUCCUGGGUCCUACAAAGACCCAUGAAACCGAUCAGAGCCCUGAAAAAACAAACCAGCGUACAACAGUCACUCUCCUAAGUCCUGAAGAGAUACACGAGACCAACUACAGUCCUACAGACACCCGGCAGAGUCCGUCACAGGCCCAUGAAACCCAUGAGAUGCACCAGAAUCCCACAGAGACCAUCGAGAUUCCCACAUCGACCCAUGAAAGUUCCAUUGAGAUCCACUAUAGUAUUUUAGAGACUCAACAGAGUUGCUUAAAGACCCAUGCGAGUGACACUAGUCCCCCAGAAACCCAUAAGACCCACCAAAGUCCUGGAGAAGAAGCACAGCCUCUCAUGGAACACCACCAGGAUUCCCAAACAGUUAACCUGAAAAACAGAGAACAUGAGUCAACGAAGGAACAGGGAGAAACUGAACUUGAAAAUGAAACAUCUUCAGCAUCGGGAUCCCCCCCUGCUGAAGACCAGAAAAACCCUCACAGUUCUGCAAUGACGAGAACUUCAAGCACACCUGUGACACGUCACUUAAAUACUCAUCAGGCUCCUUCAUCUGCUGACCCUGAUUCCCAGCAGGUCCCCGCCCACUUUUCAGGUUCUUCUUCAGAGGAGCCAAAACUUUGCGGCUUCCUGCAAAAACAGGGCGGGCCUCUGCGUGCCUGGAAGCAGCGUUGGUUCACCUAUGAGGAGAAGAAGAACCAGCUGUUUUACUACCGCAUGCCACAGGAUGUGAUGCCGCUCGGCCGAGUGGACCUCAGCGCUGCCACCUUCACUUACCCACUAAAGGCCGAGACGGGCACCUUCCACAUCAAGACACCGGAACGCACCUUUAUCCUAAAGGCUGUGAAUCAGGAGCUGAUGCUUUAUUGGCUGCAACAGCUGCAGGUCAAACGCUGGCAACACAGACAGACCACCUCUUGUCCCGACUCAACAAACACCACCGCAGACGAAUUCCUGCCUUUGUUGAAGAGUCCUGUGGGCUUGGUGGGUGAGGAGGCAGCGAACAUGGCUCCUCAAAGGACGCCACUCGCUAACAUGUCAAUCAAGCAUCCUUUCAUCGGGAUCCAGAACUCUGUUCAUAAUCUUCGCAAGAGGUCAUCCCAGGAGUUUCCUCAAAGUGUCUUUUACGUCCAAACCCCAGCAGUGGACCCGGAGGACGCCUCCAACGGCACCGUUGGACAGGUGGUGCAAGGCAGAGGAAGACACCCUCGACUGGAAAGUCAGUGGAGGAAGAAGAAUUUUCGCUCCUCUCCUGAGACGGUGCAGAUGUCGUCGGAUCAGAUGUUGUGCCUCCAACAGGACAAAGAGAUGCUGAUCGAGGAAGUUAAAGCCCAAAAGGAGCUGGUGUGGCUCCUUCACAAAGCCUUGGAGGCGGCUCAGCUGGAAAAACGAACAUGCUCUGACUUUGUGGCGGCUGAGGGCGAGCAGGAGCGUUUGGAGCUGCUCCGGCACCGCGAGCGCCAAGCGGCCGACUUGCUCGGCCGAUUGGAAGAAACCAAGAUGGCGGCGGAAGCGGCCAGGCAGUGCCUGGUUGAGCGAGACCUGCAGGUGUGCCAGCUGCAGGAGGAUGUUAGGAUGCUGAUAGAGAAGAACAAGGCCAAGCAGGAGGUCAUCAUCAAGCUCGCUGAUCAUGUCACGGCGUGCACGUGCAAACCUCCACGCUCUGCGGACUCCACACAGCUGCAGCAGCACGUCGAGAACCUGAAGGACGACAUAGAGGCCUACAAGACUCAGAACAAGUUUCUGAACUCUGAGAUCUACCAGCUGACCAAACUGUGGAGGAAGAGCUCCGAACAGGAGCGAAGUAUGAUGGUCAAGUGUGCCGAGCUGGAGGCACGUCACUGCCAAGCUGAGAGUCGCUACCUGGGAGGCCUGCAGAAGCUGCAGGAAAACAAAAGCCUCGAUCUGGACCAGCGGCAAGCAAUCCAAAAGCUGAUUGAGGACGCUCUGAAGGGGGAGAUGAAGGGUGUCCGACCCAACGUGAACAGUGAACACGACAAAUACGGCUUCAAAAUAAUUCCAGACUACGAGGUUGGCGACGUGAAGCUUCUGGCCAAGAUCCAGGCACUGGAGAUUCGCUCAAACAACCUGAUGCAACAGGAAAGUCGAGAACGUCCCUUGUUGAACCGCUGGGCCCAGUAUCUCGCCGGCAGGUCGGAUGACGACCUUUGCCCAUCACCAGAGCUCAAAGGUCUGCUACGUGGUGGUGUCCCUCAUGAGUACCGGCAGAGACUUUGGCGCUGGGUGGUCAGAGCCAGAACCAGGGCCGUUCGGGAGCGUCACCCGUGUCUCUAUCAGCAGUUUUGUGACAAGAGUCACACGUGUCCUCAUCCGGCCUCCAGACAGAUCCAGUUGGACCUUCACAGGACUCUGACCAGCAAUCAGAAUUUCUCUUCACCAUCUAGCCCCACCCACCAGCAGCUACAGCGCAUCCUAUUGGCCUUUUCCUGGCAGAACCCCGCUAUUGGCUACUGCCAGGGACUUAACAGGUUGGCAGCCAUUGCUUUGCUCGUCCUCCAGAGUGAAGAAGACGCUUUCUGGUGUCUUGUGUCUGUGGUGGACACCAUCAUGCCUCAGGACUACUACACCAAGAACUUGCUGGCCUCACAGGCGGACCAACACGUAUUUAAAGACAUCCUGGUGGAGAAACUUCCUCGGCUGGCGGCGCACUUUGACCUUCACGGAAUCGAUGUGUCUCUCGUCACCUUCAACUGGUUCCUGGUGGUUUUUGUGGAGACUCUUCCCGGUGACAUCCUUCUACCUCUGUGGGAUGCCUUUUUAUACGAGGGCACCAAGGUGAUCUUCAGGUAUGCACUGGCGCUCUUCAAAUACAAAGAGGAAGACAUCCUGAAGAUUAACGACAGCGUGGAUAUCUACCAAUACCUUCGCUUCUUCACCAAGACCAUUUCUGAUGGCAGGAAGUUGAUGGGCAUCGCCUUCGGAGACAUGAACCCAUUUCCCGGCCGCUUGCUGAGGAACCGGCGAGCUUUUCACUUGGAGCGUCUGCAGGCAGAGCUGCGAGAGUUGGAGGAACAGCAAAGGACUUUUGAGGCCGUGUGUGGGGAACGUAAAGACAAAGAACUGGACAACACCGCCAGCGAGGAUGAGGAGGAGCUAAGUUGAAUGCCUGUCUUAUCUUUGGUUACAGCGCAUCAUUUCACUUCCACACUCUUACCCAUCAUGUAUUUCAAGUUAGCAUUCCUCCACAUUUUUGUUGUUUUUGCUAAGCAUUAUGGCCGUCUCGUUCGAGUGCGCAUAAAAGUUCAUUUGACAGCAAAAAAAUUCAUUUUGGUUAUUUUUUAUCGUCACUUAGAGAACAAAUACAGUAAACCUCGGAUAUAUCGGAUUCAAUUGUUCCCACUGGUUUUGUCCGAUAUAAGCGAAAUCCGUUAUAUGCGUGUACCGGAAAAUGUCCGUUUUACGCAUAUAUCGGAUUUAUACCCGGUAUAUGCGUAAAUCGGAUUUUAUCCGUUAUAAAAAGGCACUUCCUUGACUAUGUUUCCAAUGUACCUGGACGCGCAGGCAACGCUGCAAACGCUGCAAAUGACGUCGUAUAGCGGCCUGUCACGAGUCGGCGAAUCGGAGCGCCACGAUGCGGCCAUCCGAUAUAUGCGAGGGAAAUUUAAUGGAAAUGCAUUGGAACGGGACUGGAGACUUUGUCCGAAAUAGGCGAAAUCCGUUAUAAAAAAUCCGAUAUAUGCAAUGAAUUUUUAUUGGAAAUGCAUUACAGAAAAAUUGGUUCUUUUUUUAUCUGUCCGUUGUGAGCGAAUUUCCGUUAUAUCUGAGGUUUACUGUACUGCGUUUUUUGCAGUGUAGUGCAGUAAAAAAAGAUGCUUGCAUCAACACAGACGAGCCAUUAUGCCCUAUUUGUUCAAAAGCGAUGGCAACAAAAAUAACUUGCCCAUCUCAAACAUAUCCACCCGACCCGGUUUUCACAUCUGUGGAAAAAAAAUACACAUCAACAUUCAACGUUCCGACAUUCAACACUCACUGAUACAUUUGAUUGACAGAGUUAAUACAAAUGGAACUGCACAAAAUGGUGUGCGUGUGCACUUAGGCGCCAAUUUAAAACAUCCAUAUGACAUUUGAGGCCAAAGAUGUAGAUCUUAUUUUUUUAUUUCACUAUUUUCUUAAAAAAACAAAUAUACAUAAGAAAGGAUAAAUAUAAAAAAAAUAUCCAGGAACCGAAGAAAAAAAGUUGGACAUUACAAAGUUUUUACUGCAGAGAGAAAAAGCCAAACACUCGCGUGCGGUCACAUGACGGCAUCGAGUCACGUGACUUUCACAACGUGAAGAAGAAAGCAUGGUCAUGCAACUACAGCUGCAGCUUCUAGCUAACGUCUGUGGACUUCAAAUCCAACAAGUCAGCAGUUGGAAGGACAAUGUUAACCCCGCCCCUCCAUUACUGUUGGCCAACGUUUGCUGUGAUUGGCUGAUUCUUCAAGCUUGAAUUGUUUCAAAAACCAGACUUCGCCUGCUUGUGUGCAACCGGCCACCUCCUCCGUAGCUACACACACACAACCAACCAACCAACCACCUGGGGGGGGCGUCACCAUCAUCAGCUGAGCAUCAUGAGUAGGUAAGUGUGUGACCGAGUUCUGAUUUCAACACCAGAACUCGUCUACGAGAUCCAGUCCCAGUGGACACAGCGUCGCUAGUUUCCUGUCUGGAGAUCUCAGCGCCUCACUCCAGGAAGACUUUGUGUUAUUGCCAACACCUCCACAGGAAGCUCCACCCACACCAGAAAAAGUCCAUGUGACCUUAGUGCGUGAGGGGGGGGGUCAGCUUCUGCCCGCCUCCAAUGUACAGUGGCAGUGGAAAUAGGCGUUCCACUCGUGGCGUUUAUUGAGCCGUUCAUUUGUAGUUCUGGUUUUGAGGGUCGGUGGUGGUUCUUAUUCUUGGGUCAUUAAUGGUUCUAAUGUUUAGGUAACUGAAGGUCCUCUUGCUUGGGUCACUGAUGUUUCCAACUGGGUUAUUGUUGGUGGUUCUGAGGGCUCGGUCAUUGGUGGCUCUAAAGUUUGGGUCAUUAAUGGUGUCAGUGGUGGUUCCAACUGGGUUAUUGUCGAUGGUUCUGAUGUUUGGGUCCUUAAUGGUGUCAAUGGUGGUUCUGAUGUUUGGGUCAUUGAUGGUUCCAAUUGUUUUUUUGUUGGUGGUUCUGAUGUUUGGAUAUUGAUGCUUCUGAGCGUUGGGUCAGUGGUGGUUCUGAGAAUUGGCUCGAUGGUCGUUCAGUUUGGGGUAUUGUUGUUGGUGGUUCUAAUGUUUGAGUCAAUGGUGGCUCUGAUGUUUGGAUCAUUGAUGGUUCUAAUGUUUGGGUCAUUUAUGGUUGCAAUUGUUUUUUUUUGUUGGUGGUUCUGACGUUUGGAUAUUGAUGCUUCUGAGAGUUGGGUCAGUGGUGCUUCUGAGAAUUGGCUCUAUGGUCGUUCAGUUUGGGGUAUUGUUGGUGGUUCUGAUGUUUGGGUCAUUGGUGGUUCUGAUGUUUGGGUCAUUGAUGGUUCUAAUGUUUGGGUCAUUGAUGGUUCUAAUGUUUGGGUCAUUGAUGGUGUCAAUGGUGGUUCUGAUGUUUGGGUCAUUAAUGGUUCCAAUUGUUUUUUUGUUCUGAUGUUUGUCAAUUGUGAUUCAGAUUUUUGCGUCAAUAACGGCUCUGAUGCUUGGGUCAUUGAUGGUUAUGUUUGGAUCUGUGUUGGAGGUUCUUUUGUGUCAAUUUUUGCUCUGGUGUUUGGUCAGUGGUGGUUCUAAUGUUUGGAUAAGAACUACUUCCUCCAUCUUGCUUGACCUUUGACAUGAUCCUUUCAAGAUCCUUCAGGCGAUCGAUCAAUGAGAGAUGAGAUGUCCUCAGAUGACAUAAUCAUCAUCGUUAUUAUCCAGGUGUUACAAAGCGUCAUCAAAAAAGAUGAAGGGGGAAAAAAAAAGUUGCUGACAAAGUGAAGAUGAGUUUUCUAUAUAAAAAAAAAAAUCAGCAGUGCUUCCAUAUAAAGUGCUUGGUUACGUCGUUACGUUGUCUUAUUAUUAUUAAAAUAUUGUUUUCCUGGAGUGAAAACACAGUAAACAUGUUACACGUUGGUAAAAAUAAACUUCUGGAAUGUCUCUUUUCUUUUAAGAAGUCCCAUUGGCUGAUUUUGUCAAGCCGAACUCGUCCCGGGAGCCUGAAAUAAGGAAAUAAUUCCAAUUAAUAAUCACAGUGUCAAUCACAUUGGCGUACAGAAUGACAAGUGCAUGAUGGGACAGUUAUAGAUCAUCUAAAUGAUCAGCUAGCUAGCACAACUAGCCCUAGCUACACAUCAUACCAUGCCGUGAUGUGUCACUCUGUCCGCACGACGAGUCGUUAAAGCACAGCGGUGACCACAAAAUAAACAGAAAGUGAUGAUGAUGAUGAUGAUAAGGCGGUUAGCAUGGCUCCAUGUGCUUCAAUUCAUGCUGGGGUUAGCAUGUCUGCUUUACGUCCACAAGGAAGUCUGUUAGCACAUGCACGUUUGUUAGCAUGCUCUGGUUAGCAGGCGGUGGUUGUUUUGGCAGUGACGGCGGCGGGCUCUCUGGGAGGGGCGGAGUUUGGCGAAUGCAGCAGGCUGACAAACAGAAAGAGGGUGGAGGUGGGCAGGUAGACGCAGAGGAAGAGGACGACGUCCUCGCUCAGACAGAGGACAAAGUCGCUGUGCUCCGUCAGCGCCCAGUCCACGAGCACCCCGACCAACAGGUAGUACACCUGGAACUCCUGAAGAUCCUCCCACUCUUCACCGAUCUCUUGAGGCCACGCCCCCACCUCUUCAGAUUCACUCUUGUCAUCGGUCAUCUUCUCGUCUCCGAGGCUGUCACUCACCAUGGGCUUCAUUUCCGCCCCCUCCGAUGUCGUUGCCUUCACUCUGCUCCGCCCACGGCCAGCGACGCGUUCCAUACGGCGGCUGCUUUCCACAAACUCCUACGUAGAGCGCCAACAAAUGAGCGAUGUUGAACAUUUGUGGUGGUGUAAAGGUCACACUUAGCUUCUUCUCACCAUUAGAGCCUUGUCCAUGAAGAACUCCUUCCCCGGGGUACCGUCGUUGUACUUGGUAUCGAUGGCGAAGCACAGGAAGAGCACGUCCACCACCAUUUCGAAGACAGACAGGAAGCAGUGCGCCACCAGGAAGGCGAAGAGACAAACGAUAACCAGCGGCAGCAACCACUCGGCAUAAUCACGCCGGGCGUUGAGCAGCAGCACGCCGGCAAACGCCGUGGUGGUGACGAUGAGGAUCUAACGGAGGAUCACGCACGUUCACCUUUCGGGUGAUUGCUCUACGUGAUUGCGCAACAGGAUGUACUCACCUUCCCCAAGAAGAGCACCAAGUCUCCGAUGGCAUUGACGGUGGCGACUCGAAGGGCGUUCUCCACCAGGAGGACAAAGGCGUCUCGCGCCGAUGUGCAGAAGCUGGUGCUGUUGAUGGCGGUCGCUGCGUACGCAUUCUGGUCCGUGGACAGGAAGUGACACAUCAGAAAUAAAAGUCCACAUAAUGCAAAAAAAUAAAAAAAAAGUCACCUGGUUCAGAUAAUUGAGGCACUUCUCCAAACACCACAAACAGCAGAUGCACGACUUGAGCACGCAGCGAGCGCACGCGUUCUCCUGAAACACACGUGCGUGAGCUUGAUGGGUCGACGUCACCUGAGUUUGAGUGACGGGCGUCGCUACCUUUCCUUUGAGCUGCUUGCUGACGUAAAUGAGGAGGAGUCGAGGGAUCUUGACCAGCGUGAUGAUGAAGGAGCCUUUCGCCACCGUGCCCACGUGAUACCUGAGCAGCCUCAAAGCUGCGCGCACGAUUGGCCACGCAGGAAGUCGCUUCUUGUCCCUGCAAACGCCGAUGCCGUCACUACACCCGUGACACACACACACACGCGUGUUUUUGUGCAUCAGGUAAUCAUACCUGGUAAAGUAGUACGUGACCACCGCGCCAGCCACGGUCAUCUGCUGGCACGCCAGAAUGAACUCUGUGAUCCACACAAGACCCACGGCGUGGUACCAGGUCAGGUACUCCAAUGGCCCCGUCAGGCGGAACUCUAUCAGGCCGGUCUCCUCGUUGUGGACUGGGUCUCCUGCAACAACCCAGCAGACCCAACAUCAAACACAACAUCAGCAGAAACUGGAACCCGUUUAUAUUGACGCCCAAAAACAUGUCAGCCCCCCGGUCGCCAAUUAUGACCACAUGAUUUGAAACAGGAAGUGAGAACUGAAGACACACCGCUGGUUCCCAGGAAGAGCAGAACCAGGAUCCAGUAUAUCCAGAAGACGAGCAGCAGCAGGAAGGUGAUGAAGGGCUGGAGGGUGAGGAGGGGCAAGUGGAUGAAGACUUUUCCCGCCACGUGGAACAAAGCGAUAGCCAACGCCACUCGCUUCCUCAUGAAGAGCAUCAGCAGCAGCAGGAUGACCUGCAACAUUCCGUAACAUUCCAAUCAACACUCCAAGGAACAGACCGCAGUCGUGUAUCUCUCAUGUGUUUAAAACAACAGGAAGCAUGUUUUAUUUUGAAGUACCGUGAAAACGGUGGCAGCGAUGGCGUACACGAGCAGCGUCUGGUUUCCAUCUGGCGUCGGCUCGUCGUCUUUUGUCACCUUUGUGUGGGUUUCAUUUCCAUGGAGACGGUGGUCAACAUAGAACCACCAGAGCACGCUGGUACCAGCUGAGACGGGACAUAUCUCGCUUACAUUCCACUCUUAUUGUGAAAAGAACAGCAAAAGGAAGUAAGCUCACCCAGAGACCCGAGGACCGCCAAGGAGGUGAGGAUCCAGACGAGGACGGCCGAGAUGUAACGGAUGAUCACCAUGAGCAUCAUGGAGAGCACUGUGACACACAAGUCAUAGGUCAAGCUCCCGAAAAUCCCACUUUGGGAUUUUCACAAUAAAACUCACUCAGUGCCAGAAGACAAAGUCCCACGAUGACCUCUUUACUGGCCGCCACGCCAGCGAUGACUCGAUGCAGAAACGAGUUAUCGCUGACAAAGGUCACCACGGCCUCUGCGAACUUGGUAUAACAAGCGAUGUCCAGGGGCGUACAGCGGUUGAAAAGCGGCAACGGUUUGCUGGGUGACAAAGCAAAGGUCAGACGGGGGCUUGGAGGACAAAGGGGAGGGGCCAUAAAGACAAACGCACCUCGGCGGGACAGGAAGUUUGGGACACUUGGAGAACCUCUCGGGCAGACCCGGGUACUUGUGACCAGCUAACUCGUACGAACACAGCUCGGAACCUGAAACCCACACACACAUCUUUGUCAUGAGCAUUUUUGAUGUCAUGUGACCACGCAUAACCAAUUAUUGAUGAGGGUCCACUGUCGGCAUUUCUGGUUGGAUUUCAGUUUUGAGUUCAGUCUGGAUAAUCAAAUCUGGAUUAUGUUGCUUGGUCACCAGAAUACACUUCACCCGUUUGCUCCUCCCUCUGCAAAACCUUGAUUACUCUUGUAACUUAUCAAGGUAUCGAUUAAUCGAAUCAUCGGAUCAAACACUUUCUACACACCACUCUCAAUGACAAUGAACAGAUCGUUCGUUAAGUGUGCAUCCAUUUAACACACACAAUGAAAAGGAUAUUUAAGAAGUAGUGUCUGAUGUGCUAAUGGUGGUAACUAAUUUAUUGAAUGAAUUACGUUACAUUUUUUUAGCGUAAUUAACGCGUAUGCAUCAUGGCAAACCAUGUUCAUUCAUUCAUUCUCUACCGCUUUUCCUCGCGGGGGUGCCUAUCCCAGCUGUCUUCGGGCGAGAGGCGGGGUACACCCUAGACUGGUGGCCAGCCAAUCACAGGGCACAUAUAGACAAACAACCAUUCACACUCACAUUCAUACCUAUGGACAAUUUGGAGUCGCUAAUUAACCUAGCAUGUUUUUGGAAUGUGGGAGGAAACCGGAGUACCCGGAGAAAACCCACGCAUGCACGGGUAGAACAUCCACACAGAGAUGCCCGAGGGUGGAAUUGAACCCUGGUCUCCUAGCUGUGUGGUCUGCGCACUAACCACUAGACCGCUGUGCCGCCCGCAAACCAUGUUAUGACGACAAUUUUCUUAUGACACAGUUUAGUUGUCCACAGUCUUGACGCUUUUUGGAUUUUUUUCUGACCUGAACGCAUCAACAAAUCAACAAAACAAAUCCAACAUCAUAUAUCGAUCUUUGACUUUUUUUUUCGAAAAUAAUAAUAAUAAUUUUUUCAAUACAGAUACUCCAUGCUGGCUUUCUUACUGAUAUCAAAUAUACCGAUAUCGUCCAGCACUUCAUUACCAAUACGAUAUCAACCCAUAUAGACCUUCCCUUGAAUAUAUAGACCUUCCCUUGGAUGCCACUAAAUGCAUUUUACAAAUGCAGUCGUCCCUCGCCCCUUCGCGCUUUCAGGUCUAUCAUGGUUUUCCAUAAAUAUAUUCAUAAAUCAUCUCUUGUUUCUUGGUUGAGUAAAAGAAAUAUGCAUAUUUAAGCAAACUGUACAUGUUUUUAGCCUAAAUUAAUAAUUUUCAAGCAUGAAAAUAGCUGCAAAUAAAACAUUAAGAAGACAAAUUCAAAUUGUGAUUGUAGUAUUUUACAUUGGUCACUAGGUGUCACUAAGUACCAGACUUGAGCGCCUGGAACAACACGCUUUAAUUGCAGGUUUAGAUGAUCUCACAACAGGCACAUUAAUAAUUACAUAAUAAUUAUAAUAAUAACACAGGCUACCGUGUCCACCGUAACCCACGACAACCUAAAACGCAACUCUGAACCCCUGUCAUCACUUCCUGUCCACACGGAAGACAUAUACUGCAGCUUAUUUUAUGUAAUUAUACCUAUUGGGUAAUUAAGAGUGUAAAGGUGACUAUAGGGGUGUUAUUUCAUGUCUACAGAGCUCUAAUGCGAUAAACUGUAUAUAUAAGGUUUUCUAUGCGCUAACUAUGAAAUUAUUCCACAUAGCAAUAAGGAAUCCUACUUUGUGGAAAUUGACCCAUCACAGUCGGGUCUGGAACCAAUUAGCCGCCAUAAAAGUGCGAUGAUCUCACCAUUGACCAUGGCGAACUUCAUCAGGUCCUGGUAGGUGUUGAGAACUUCAGGGGGACACAGGGACACGCACAGAGCCACCGACUUAAUUUUCCUCUGAACAAUGUCGAUGUUGCAAGGAUCAAGGAAGAAGACA